GAAGCCCUUCCUGAUUGGCAGCCGCGACUGGGGGUUCGGUCCUUCCCGCCGUAGAGUUAAAGUGAGCCGGAGGUGUGGGGGAGAACUGGGGAAACUGGAAAUUCCCACGGAGCUGACGGCGCUUGUGCUCCCCCUACUCGUUUUAAUUCCACGCGCUCUAAAAUACCCGCCAUGGAGAAAUCUUGGCUGGGAUGUCCAUUCUAGGCCCAUCGGUGCUGUCCUGCUGAAAGUUUGGUCAGGCUGGGGUGUGGCACAGGUCUAAUCAACUGCCAUCGUCAUCAUGAAUUUUGAGGGUCUAGAUCCUGGAAUGGCAGAGUUUGCCCCUGCCAUGCAUUCUGCCUUGGACUCUGUCCUGGAUGCUCACCUGAACCCAAGUCUGCUACAGAAUGUGGAGCUGGACCCAGAGGGAGUGGCCUUGGAGGCUCUUCCCGUCCAGGAAUCAGUACACAUAAUGGAAGGUGUCUACUCUGAAUUGCACAGUGUGGUGGCUGAAGUAGGCGUGCCCGUCUCCGUCUCCCACUUUGACUUGCAUGAGGAGAUGCUGUGGGUGGGGAGCCAUGGGGGCCAUGCCACUUCUUUUUUUGGCCCAGCCUUGGAGCGCUACUCAUCCUUUCAGGUCAAUGGCAGUGAUGACAUUCGUCAGAUCCAGAGCAUGGAGAAUGGUAUCCUUUUUCUCACCAAGAACAACCUGAAGUACACAGCUCGUGGGGGCCUCAUUGUAUUUGAUUACCUGCUGGAUGAGAGUGAGGAUAUGCACAGUCUUCUACUGACUGACAGCAGUACACUACUCAUUGGUGGGUUGCAGAACCACAUAUUGGAGAUUGAUCUUAACACUGUUCAGGAAACUCAGAAGUAUGCAGUUGAGACUCCUGGAGUCACCAUCAUGAGACAGACAAAUCGCUUCUUUUUCUGUGGCUACACAUCUGGCAAGGUUUCCCUGCGAGACCUCCGUACUUUUAAGGUGGAGCAUGAGUUUGAUGCCUUCUCAGGGAGUCUGUCAGAUUUUGACGUGCAUGGCAACCUGCUAGCUGCCUGUGGCUUCUCCAGCCGCCUCACCGGCCUGGCCUGUGACCGUUUCCUCAAGGUGUAUGACUUGCGAAUGAUGCGUGCCAUCACACCACUCCAAGUACAUGUGGAUCCUGCCUUCUUGCGCUUCAUUCCUACAUACACUUCUCGUCUUGCUAUCAUCUCUCAGUCGGGGCAGUGCCAGUUCUGUGAACCCACAGGCCUGGCCAACCCAGCAGACAUCUUUCAUGUGAAUCCCGUGGGGCCUUUGUUAAUGACGUUUGAUGUGUCAGCCAGCAAGCAGGCCCUGGCCUUCGGGGAUUCUGAAGGCUGUGUGCACCUCUGGACUGAUUCUCCUGAGCCUUCCUUCAACCCCUACUCCCGUGAGACUGAGUUUGCUUUGCCUUGUCUUGUGGACUCACUGCCUCCUCUGGACUGGAGCCAGGACCUGCUGCCUCUUUCCCUCAUCCCUGUCCCACUCACCACUGACACACUUCUCUCUGAUUGGCCUGCUGCCAACUCCGCUCCAGCUCCCAGGUUGUACUCCACCUCUGGUCCCAAAGGAGGGAGGGGGAAAGGGCCAAGAUACCAGAAGGUACAGAUGGUCCUGUUAUUAUUCUACUAUUUUCUUGAUUUUUAUCUACCUUCAGUAUUUUUUUUUUCUUGGCCCUUGGGUGUUGGGGAGUGGACGGGUAGUCAGCACAAUCUUUCAAGCCCUAGAACUGUACUGGAUUAUAGGCGAGCACCACCUGUGGAUGCAGAGAUUCUACGCACCAUGAAGAAAGUGGGCUUCAUUGGCUAUGCACCCAACCCCCGCACCAGGCUGCGCAAUCAGAUUCCUUAUCGACUGAAGGAGUCAGACAGUGAAUUUGACAGCUUCAGCCAGGUCACUGAGUCACCAGUAGGGCGGGAAGAAGAGCCACAUCUCCACAUGGUUUCUAAGAAAUACCGCAAGGUGACCAUUAAAUAUUCCAAGCUAGGGCUGGAGGACUUUGACUUCAAACACUACAAUAAGACCCUGUUUGCUGGAUUAGAGCCUCACAUCCCCAAUGCAUACUGUAACUGCAUGAUCCAGGUGCUCUAUUUCCUGGAACCUGUUCGUUGUCUAAUCCAGAACCACCUUUGCCAGAAGGAAUUCUGCCUGGCAUGUGAAUUGGGCUUUCUCUUCCACAUGUUGGACCUCUCUCGUGGUGACCCUUGUCAGGGCAAUAAUUUUCUUCGCGCAUUCCGUACCAUUCCUGAGGCCUCAGCCCUUGGUCUGAUCCUGGCUGACUCAGAUGAAGCUUCAGGGAAGGGCAAUCUGGCCAGGCUCAUUCAGAGGUGGAAUCGCUUCAUUCUCACUCAACUGCAUCAGGAUAUGCAGGAGCUGGAAGUACCACAGGCUUAUCGAGGUGCUGGAGGCAGCAGCUUUUGCUCAUCGGGGGACUCUGUCAUUGGGCAGCUGUUCAGCUGUGAGAUGGAGAACUGCAGCCUGUGCCGCUGUGGCAGUGAGACUGUGCGAGCCUCUUCCACCCUGCUCUUCACACUCUCCUACCCUGAUGAUAAAACCGGGAAGAACUAUGACUUUGCUCACGUAUUGAAACGAAGCAUCUGCCUGGAACAGAAUACACAGGCCUGGUGUGACAACUGUGAAAAGUACCAGCCCACGAUUCAGACUCGCAACAUCCGCCAUCUGCCAGAUAUUCUUGUCAUCAAUUGUGAGGUAAACAGCUCGAAAGAGGCUGAUUUUUGGAGAAUGCAGGCUGAGUUUGCUUUCAAGAUGGCAGUAAAGAAACAUGGUGGGGAAAUCUCCAAGAACAAGGAAUUUGCUUUGGCUGAUUGGAAGGAGCUAGGGAGUCCAGAGGGUGUGCUGGUGUGUCCCUCCAUUGAGGAGCUGAAGAACAUCUGGCUUCCUUUCUCCAUUCGCCUGAAGAUGACCAAGAACAAAGGGCUGGAUGUGUGCAGUUGGACUGAUGGGGAUGAGUGGGGCCCAGCCAGGGCAGAGGAGGAGCAUGGUGUCUAUGUGUAUGACCUGAUGGCUACUGUGGUACACAUCCUGGACUCACGCACAGGGGGCAGCCUGGUGGCUCAUAUCAAAGUUGGAGAGACUUACCACCAACGCAAGGAGGGUGUUACUCACCAGCAAUGGUAUCUAUUCAACGACUUCCUUAUUGAACCUAUUGAUAAGCAUGAAGCCGUGCAAUUUGACAUGAAUUGGAAAGUACCUGCUAUCCUUUAUUAUGUCAAAAGGAAUCUCAAUUCCAGAUAUAACCUGAACAUCAAGAACCCUAUUGAGGCAAGUGUCCUGCUGGCUGAAGCCUCACUGGCACGGAAACAGCGGAAAACACAUACUACCUUUAUUCCACUGAUGCUGAAUGAGAUGCCACAGGUUGGGGACCUGGUGGGUCUGGAUGCUGAAUUUGUCACCCUUAAUGAGGAAGAAGCAGAGUUACGGAGUGAUGGUACUAAGUCUACUAUUAAACCAAGCCAGAUGUCAGUAGCAAGAAUUACUUGUGUUCGGGGACAGGGACCCAAUGAGGGUAUCCCCUUUAUUGAUGACUACAUCUCUACCCAGGAACAGGUAGUGGAUUACUUAACUCAGUACUCGGGGAUAAAGCCUGGAGACCUGGAUGCUAAAAUUUCCUCCAAGCACCUUACAACUCUCAAGUCUACCUACUUAAAGCUUCGUUUUCUCAUUGACAUUGGAGUGAAGUUUGUGGGUCAUGGCCUGCAGAAGGACUUCCGGGUCAUCAACCUCAUGGUGCCCAAAGACCAAGUCCUUGACACUGUGUACCUGUUCCACAUGCCCCGAAAACGAAUGAUUUCCUUGAGAUUCCUUGCUUGGUACUUUCUGGACCUGAAGAUUCAAGGGGAGACUCAUGACAGUAUUGAGGAUGCCCGUACAGCCCUUCAGCUCUACCGAAAGUAUCUGGAGCUAAGCAAGAAUGGCACUGAGCCUGAGUCUUUCCACAAGGUGCUCAAGGGUCUUUAUGAGAAAGGCCGAAAGAUGGACUGGAAGGUGCCUGAGCCUGAGGGCCAGACAAGUCCCAAGAAUGCAGCUGUCUUCUCUUCGGUGCUGGCACUCUGACCUUACCUCCCCAAAGAACCACUGCCCUCUCCCUUUAGUGUUCUGUGGACUGUGAACCUAUACCUUGUCCACUUCCAGAAUUUGACCUGCUUAGGGUCUACAGAUGGUGCUAUUAAUAGAACUGGAAUUCAGCAGAAUCAUUGCAGAGGCUCUAAGAGCCAGAUUCUGUCUUCAGCUUUUGCAAAAUAAGUAGAUGGGAAACAGUCCAGAUGUAAAGAAAUUGGUAAUCUUAGUAAAUAUCCUGGGUGGUUAAUAUCCAGGCAGAGAAGCUCCUAGAACCAAAACUCUCAGUUCCUAGCUGGCUAGGGACUGAAGUCCUAGACAGUAACAAAGGAUACAACAGUUGGAGACUUAGCUCAAGUAACCAACUACUUCAGGGAUGCCUGGAGGGGCCAGCAUGUAAAGUCUUGGUGGCCCAAGCAAGUCAGGGUUGUUAGUGUUAUUGCCAAAAGAGUCUUUGGAUCCUGGACAAAGAUUGGCCCCUGGCUUCAUUUAUUUCUGCUGCCAAUUGAGAAACAUUUGUCUUCCAUCCACUCCCAUCCCAUGUUUUGUUAUUUUUUUAAUUUUAUUUUAAAUCGCAUGUUUUAUAAAAUAAAAAGUAUUAUCUAU